AUGGAGAUAUACAAGCCGCAAGUGUUUGAGAAGUGCAGCAAUGAAUCGGAUCUGGUCCGACCUAUAUACGAUGUGAACAGUGGACAUUAUGUGCUGCAUAUCAACAACAGCGUCGUGUCACAAAUGCUCAAUUCCAGUGAAAUACAAUUCAAGUGCUACUAUCAAGAAAUUAAACACAAUGAUAGAGAGGUGCCACCUAUCAAUCUUUUUAAAUUGAUGUCGCCUGUGUAUUUUGAAGAUGGAUUUCAAGUACCGCUUUCAGUGCACGCCAUGUUAUUGAAUUGCUACAAGUUAGGAAAUGAAUCGAGCAUACUACAAGUCGAUGGAUACGCUUUGGUUCAGAAUUUGCCUGCAGCAGUAGCAGAAGGUCCUGCGGGACCACCAAAGGGAAAAAAACCAAAGUUAGUAACACCAGUGCCUCCAAUAGGAGCCGGACCUCAAGCACCUGAUAUGGACGAGGACGAAUUGGCCGAACUUUUAGGAUUUGCUGGAACUGACGAGACUCCGGCAAAGAGUUCAGAACGGCGAAAAGCUAGUGUCAUAAUGUUUGGCAUUGACACAAUGUCCAGUGUGAAUGUUAGACGCAUGAUGCCUAACACAUUCAAGUUUCUCAACCAGCCCGGUUGGUACGAGAUGCAGGGGUACAAUAAAGUGGCGGAUAACACCUUUCCCAAUUUAUUGGCAGUGCUCAGCGGUUAUUCGACGAUGACGGCAAAGCAGAAGGUCUGCAAUAUUGAUGUCAAAGGAUGCUUAGACAAGUUUCCUUUCAUUUGGAAAUAUUUGAAGAAAGCUGGUUAUUUGACAGCUUAUGCAGAAGAUGCAAGCUACAUAAACACAUUUACACUGAGGAGACCGGGAUUUGAACGAGCUCCCACAGAUUAUUAUCAUCUGCUCUUUAUGCAGGCAUUUGAAAGAAAAUUGCAAAGUUGGAAAUGUGCGAAUUGCACAAUGGAUUAUUGCUAUGGCAGACGUUUGCAGAGUAGCUACGUCUAUGAUUACAUGAAAGAAUAUGCAAGGCGAUAUGUGGCCAAGCGACCUAUUUGGGGACUCUUCUGGUCGAGCAGCUUUACACACGAUGACUUCUUGUUGGCAUCUAAGAUGGACAACUAUGUACUGCAGUACUUUAAGGACUUUGAGGCAGAUGGAGUGUUGGCUGAAAACAUUGUGAUCUUUUUCUCCGAUCAUGGUUCCCGCUUUGGAGAAUUAAGGAGUUUAAGCAGCGGCUUCUUAGAGUCACGUCUGCCCAUGUUGUUCAUAUAUUUGCCACCUUGGUUUCGAGCUCAAUACCCAGAAUAUGCAGCGGCUUUGGAGCUUAAUCGUAAUCGCCUGACAUCGAAUUACGAUUUACACAAUACCCUGAAGCAUAUUAUAGAACUCGGUGCUGCGCCAAAUGCGACUUCAUUGCCAAGGCCAAGCACGGACGCAGCACUGAUUGUGGCAGACACAGAGGCCGAGACUAAGAAGAAGAGGGAGGCGGAGACGGAGACGUUGACAGUGCGUCAGUUGUUGCUGCUAGUCAAGCAGCAAGAGGCUUAA